AUGGAUUCAAUAAAUGUUAUUGAUGAUAUUUCUAAGAAAAUCGAUAUAUCACCUAGAUCACCAACGAAUAUUUUACAAAAUUUUAUAAAUAAACAAUCACCACAACAAUCACCACAAACCCAAAUAUCUCAACCACUUAUUGAGCAAGAUACAAUAGUAGCUCAACCAAUCUUACCUUUAAUCGAUGAUAACCAACCGACAUAUUCACAUAUAAUAGAAGAUGAAAUACUUCAACAACAACAGCAACAACAACAAUCACAACAACCACAACAACAACAACAACAACAACAACAACAACAACAACAACAACAACAACAACAACAACAACAACAACAACAACAACAACAAUCAACAUCACCAUUAUUAAACCAUGAACAGCAGCAACAACAGCAACAACAACAACAACAACAAAAAGAAGAAGUUUAUUGUAUAUGUUUGAAAGGAGAAUUUGGAUUUAUGGUUUUAUGUGAUGUUUGUGGUAAAUGGUAUCAUGGUCAAUGUAUAGGUAUGAGUGAAGAAGACUCAAAAUCGUUAUCUGGUUUCAUUUGUAAAUCAUGUUUACCUUUAACUACAGAGAUUUCAUUAGAUCAAGAAGCAUAUAUAUUUAUUAGUUUCCAUGAACAUGAUUUUAAAACAUUAGUAAAAAAAUAUACUCCUCCACCACUUCCACCUCAAUAUGCAAAAAAAGGUUCUCCUAAAAUUCAUCAAUCUAAUUCAUCUCAUUCCUCAAAUAAAAUUUCCUCUUCUUCUUCUUCUACUUCAUCAUUAUCUUCAUCAUUAUCAUCUUCAUCAUCAUCAUCACAUACUAAAAGAGUUGGAAAAGAUAGAGAAAAAGAUAGAGAUAGAUAUAGAGAUAGAGAAAGGGAAACAGAUAGAGAAAGAGAAAGAGAAAGAGAAAAAGAUAGAGAAAGAGAUGGAAAUAAAGAAAAGAAUAAAAAAAAUUUUAAAUUAUUAUUUAGUGAUCCAAUUGAAUUUAAAAAAAGAAGUUCACAUAGUAGUAGUAGAGGUAGUAGUGGUAGCAGUAGUAGUAGUAGUAGCAAAAGAAGUAAAUUUAGUUCACACAGUAGUAGUAGUAGUGGUAGCAGUAGUAGUAAAGAUAAAAAAAGGAAAAAAGAAGAUUAUAGAAGAGAUGAAUCACCAUCAAGAAAUGGUGAUGAUCCAAUUAAUGUAGAUUUAACUUAUUCACAUUAUGACGAUAGUGAAGAAGAAGAGAGAAUAAAAAAAGAAGGUUUAAAAAGAUUAAAGCAAUCUAAAAAUUUAUACGAUAUAUCGCCAUCAAAAGAACAUUUAUCAACAAAUACUAAUAAUGGUAUUAAUCAUUCAAAGAAAUCAUUGGAUGAUACAAAAAUACUUUCAAAUUCUCAAAAAUUAAAAAAUGAUAAAGUUAAUUCUUUAUCAUUGUCAUCAUCAUCUUCAUCAUCAGUACAAACCCAAACUUCAAUUUUACCUUCAUCAGCAACACCUACACCAUCAACAUCAGCAAAUAAUACACCAUCUCAAAAAAAAGAUAGUUUAUAUUCCUUUAAUUAUACUAAUAGUAAUACAUCAUCAUCAUCAUCAUCAUCAUCAUCAUCAUCAUCAGCAUUAUCAUCAUCAUCAGCAUUAUCAUCAUCAUCAUCAUCCACAGCAACAACUACUACUACUACUAAUACUACAUCUACUAUACAAGAUGAUAACGAACAAUGUGAAAAAGAAAGAAGAGGUGCUUUCAAUUUAAUUAACAAAGCAUUAUUAAUUGGAUCAUGUCAUUUAUAUGAAGAAAUUAAAGUAAUUGCAAAAGAAAUUGAAACUGAAUUAUUUAAUCAUUUUUAUAGUUUAGAUAAAAGAAAAUAUAAAGAAAGAGUUAGAAGUAUUGAAUAUAAUAUUAAAAAUAAUCCAAGUUUAAAAGAAAGAAUUAUAACAAAGAAAGUUACACCAGAAGAAUUAAAAAAUUUUGAUAUUCAAGAUUUAGCAACUAAAGAAAGAGCUGAAGAAAGAAGAGAAUUGGAGGAAAUGGCAGUUAAAGGUAGUAUAUUACCAAAGGAUACAACAUAUUAUAAAAAAACUCAUAAAGGUGAGAUACAACUUCAACCAAAUAAUACUACUAGUUCUCCAACCAACAGUGGGAUGAAUUCGUUAGAUUUAAAAAUUGGAGAUAAUUUCAAUGAUUUAUUAAAUCGUUCACCAAUAGAUGAUUAUGCUGAAAUGAUCAAAAUUAAAAAGAAAGAUGAUUAUUCUGAUUUUAAUGGUGGUAGUGAUGGUAGAAUUAAUGAUUUCAGAAGUCAUAUUAUUAAUAGCAACAACAUUGAUAAUAAUUUCAACUAUACUAGAUUGGAUUAUGAAUAUUCAAAAGAUAAUAAUAAUAAUAAUAAUAAUAAUAAUAAUAAUAAUAAUAAUAAUAAUAAUAAUAAUAAUAAUAAUAAUAUUAAAAAAAGUGGUAACCUUAUUCCAAUUGAUACCUCCUUUGUAGAUAAUACAAGUAGCCUUGAUAAGUAUCAUGAUGACGAUGGAGAUACAAAUAGAGAUUAUGAAGAUGAAUUUUUAGCACCAUAUGAUGAUGAUCACUAUAGACCUCCUGAUAAUAUUAACAACAACAACAACAACAACAACAACAACAACAACAACAAUAAUAAUCUUACAUCAAAUAUAACAAAUACAACAACACCAUCAAUAACUCCAAUUCCACCAUCACCACCACCACCAGCUACAACAACAUCAACAACAACAGCAAAUACUAAUUUAUUAAAAGAGAAUGGAAACAAUAUUAAUAAUGAUGAAAAUAAAAAUAUCAAUACAGAGUUAAUUAAUAAUAAAGCUAAUGGAAUUAAUAGUAACAGCGAUAAUAAUAAUAAUAAUAAUAAUAAUAAUAAUAAUAAUAAAAAUUUAACAAUUAGUGAAAUAAUUGGUAAAAAUCCAAUUUGGAAUAAUCUUAUAUUUAAGAGUGAAAAAGAAGAUGAUCCAAAAUCUUUUAUGUUUAAUGGAUAUUAUAUUGGUGGUAGUAAUUGGAUUAAUUUGGAACAUCAUAGAAUUCCGCAUAAAAGUUUUUAUCAAAGAAGACCAAAUCAUCUUGUUUUAAGACAUCUUGAAGAGAUUGAAAAAAUGAAUCAUACAAUUCGUGAUACUUCAAUGUUGAUAUUAGAGAAUUCAAAUAGUCAAGAUAAAGAAGGCUUUUCAAAUUUACUUUAUUCACUUUCAAAUAGUGUUGAUGUACUCACUGUCUCUAAUCCAUUCUUGACACUUCCUUCAAUCAAUGAUUUGGUCGUUGAAUAUAUUUAUAUAUUUCAUUCGAAAUCAAAAUGUUUACCUCAAAAAUUUCUCCCAAAAACUGAUUAUCCACCAACACUUUUAGCUUUUGCUGUAAUGAGAAGAAUUGAUAAAGAAUUUCUAUCUAAAAAAUCUCACAAAUUUAAUCCAGCAUCUUUAUCUGUAUCUUCCUCUUCUUCUUCAACACCAAUAACAACAACAACACCAACAACAACAACAACAACACCAACAAAUCGUAAAAUAUCACAACAACCACAUCAUCAUCAUCAUAAUAAUAAUAAUAAUCAUAAUCAUAAUCAUAAUCACAAUCAUAGCCAUAAUCAUAAUCAUAAUCAUAAUCAACAAAAUAAUUCAAACAACAAUCAUGUUCAACAUAUUAAUAACGAUAAUCAUGACCAAAUAUUAAAUCAUACUGAUCAUAAACAACAAAAAGAUCAAGGACAAAAUCAUCAUAUUCAGGACCAAAAUAUCCAAAUUCAUGAUAAAGUUCAUGACCAAAAUCAAGACAAUCAUAAAAACCAUGAUCAAAAUAACAAACAAAAUCAUGAACAAAAUCAUGAACAACAACAACAACAACAACAACAACAACAACAACAACAACAACAACAACAACAACUUGUUGUUCAGAAUGAAUUCCAUCAAUUACAAGAUCCACAAAUUCAAAAUGAAUUCCAUAAAUUACAAGAUCCACAUAUUCAAAAUGAAUUCCAUCAAUUACAAGAUCAACCAAACAACCAACAAAUUCAAUCCCCUCCAAUUG